AUGAGUACAAAUAAAAGUUCUAGUUAUAUGCAAGUCACUCUCAACCGGGUGGAUAAUACAGAGACGGUUAGUUCCCCACACACCUACGCCCACAGUGGAGGUGGGAGUGAUGCACAGAUGGGGAAAAACAACGUGCCUGCAACGACUCUACUAGACCGACCACAAAUCUCUAAUCUUCUAAUCACCUCAGCGAUGGUUGGUCUUCCUAUCGCUUCCUUGGAGAAUGGAAAAUGGAGGAAGCAACCCAACAUCGUUGCUCCCUCUUCCCCCGAGGUGGCUCAGGUGAAACUCGAAGACAUGGUGGGAAAGGGCGGGGCGCUGGGAUGCUUCGCCUCGCAAGGUCUGACGUCAGAGGGCUUCCCACGCACGACGCGUCGAGUAGAGAAGCUCUCCUUUGACAUGGAUGCUGUUUCCCCGCCGAUCGCAAACCUGUUUCGCCGUGUUAUAACCACCGAAGUCCCGACCUUGGCCUUUGAUCGUGUCCUUCUGUACGAAAAUGACGGUGUGGUGCUGGAUGAGCUCCUCUCGCACAGACUUGGGCUCGUGCCUGUCGCCGGGCCCGUCUCUCUCAUGGAGUACAUCACGGAGUCGAGCCAGGCAAGUUUCCAGUCCCUAGACCCUAAACGGGUGCUUUUGUUUGAGCUGGAAGCGGAGGCUGAGAAGAACGUUGCGGUAACGCCUGUGUACAGUGGGCAGCUGCGCUGGGUUCCAUUGCCAGGGCAGGAGGGGUUUCAGCAGCGCCCCAACGACCUCAGCGCUACGCAGGAUGAUGAGGAUAACCAGGUGUUUGUAGUGCACCCUGAUAUCUUGCUGACGAAGCUGGGUCCGGGGCAGCGGCUAAAACUCCGCGCCAUGGCAGUGAAGGGUAUCGGUGCUGUUCACACAAAGUGGAGCCCUGUGUCAGCAUGUUAUUACGAAAUGAAGACGAGCAUUGAGUUGACAGAGCCCGUGGUUGGGAAAGCUGCAGAAGAACUUGUCAAGAUGUGCCCCAAGGGCGUAUUUGGUCUGGUUAAAGUACCCAAAGAAGAUAUGGAGGAUGAGGAGGAGGACGCCAAAUUGAGGGUUGGCUUAUCUAAGGAUUCUGAAGAAUUAUCAACGAAACCAGUAUCCGUGUCCGCGAUUGUGUUAGACGGAAACAAGUGCACCAUCAGCCGGGAAUGUUUACGCACAGAUCUGUAUCCAGAACUUGAGAACAAGGUGAAGAUCCAAAAGAACAAGACUAGUGUACGAUUUCAUAUUGAAAGUGUUGGACAGCUGCGUUCGGUGCAAAUAUUUAGAACAGCUUUGACGUUGUUUGCGGAACGAGUGCGAUAUUUAGCGCAGGUCAUUCAGGAUACAGAAGUAACAGGCACAGUUCUCGAGUAG